AUGUGGAAGGCAUUUGUAUUGUACGCGGUGAUCGUUUGUGGGGCGGAGGGGAAGUGCUACUGGAAUGGGAAGUGCCCCUACAAAUAUUUCGGGACGAAGACCCCCUAUGACGCGGUUAGGGGGGAUAUUAGGGACGUGGCUGUCUUGGACCAAUGUGAACCAGUAAGUGUCUGGAUGAUGAUGCGGCACGGGACUCGGCACCCAGAGAAGAAGGACGUGGAGAAGAUGAAGAAUGUGGUUCCACUGAUUAUGGACAUCCUGCAAGCGCACCAAGAGGAACGAGGGGGCAUGUGUGCCCAGGACAUCGAAAACUUACGCAACUGGAAAUGGAAUGAAGAUCUAGAAGCACCUCAGUCAGAGCUAACAGAAGCCGGCAUCGAAGAACUUAAGUCCAUCGGUCAGAGAUUUGGAGACAGAUUCUCCCACAUCCUGGAGAACCUGGAGAAGUUCGAGGUCAGAGCGUCUAUAGAACAGAGGACCCAGCAGAGCGCCCAGGCGUUUGUCAAUGGAUUGCAGAGGCGUAACCAAACAUUAAAUGUCUCCACAUCUCUGGAUGAUGACCUGACUGCUAGGCCGUACAGACACUGCAAAAAACGUUUUUACGACAUCCUUAUUGGACCGAAGAUUCCCGAAGAAACAGACAAGUAUUUACAGUCUCGUGAAUUUCAAAAGGUACAAACAUCUCUCCAAAAACGGAUAGGCCUAACUGAGCCACUCAGCCCAGAAACAAUUCUACUGAUCUACGAUCUGUGUCGGUUCUAUCGCAGCUAUUCGCCUCGACUGAUGGACGCUUGGUGUGGGUUAUUUACUGAUGGUGAUCUGAAAGUUCUGGAGUAUGUGGAGGAUCUCCAGCAUUAUUACAGGAAUGGUCAUGGCGACCCCAUGAACGCGAAGCUGGGUGCAUCCAGCCUCAAAGACUUAUACGAAAGCUUCGAGUUGGGGACCCAAGGUGUGACUUCCUUCUCAGCAUAUUUCUCCCAUGACACUAUGCUGGAGAUGGUGUAUACCGCCCUGGGGCUAUAUGAGGACAAGCCCGCUAUCUCCGGAUUGGAGAGGACCAGAAAACGGUUGUGGCGAACGAGUUUUCUUACUCCCUUCGCUGCAAACUUUGUCGCUGUGUUGAAUAAAUGCAACGAUUCUUCAACCAGCGUGUACAACGUACAGUUCUUCGUGAACGAAAUAGAAGUGCAUUUGUGUUCGAAGCGCGCAUGCGCAUGGGAUGAGUUCGUGGAUAAGUUUGGCAACUUCACACAAACCGAUUUGAGCUUUUGCAACGAGACACAAAUUGUUGUUUAG